AGAGACGGGGUGCAUGGUGUUGCACUGGGUGCAGCGCACAGAAAUGGGGUGCAACUGGGUGCAGGGCGUGCAGAGGCAGGGUGCACAGUGUUGCACUGGGUGCAGCGCACUCAGGAAUGGGGGUGCAACUGGGUGCAGUGCAUGUAGAAACGGGGUGCACGGCGUUGCACAGGGUGCAGUGCUCACAGGGUGGGGGUGCAACUGGGUGCAGGGCAUGCAGAGACGAGGUGCACGGUGUUGCACUGGGUGCAGCACACAGAAACGGGGGUGCAACUGGGUGCAGGGCAUGCAGAGACGAGGUGCACGGUGUUGCGCAGGGUGCAGUGCUCACAGGGAUAGGGGUGCAACGGGUUCAGGGCAUGCAGAGACGGGGUGCAUGGCGUUGCACUGGGUGCAGCGCACAUGCAGAAGUGGGGGUGCAGGUGGGUGCAGGGCAUGCAGAGACGGGGUGCACGGCGUUGCGCAGGGCGCAGCGCACGCACCGGCGGGGUGCUGGCUGCUGCAGAGACGGGGUGCAGCGCACGCAGCGGAGGGCCGCGGAGCGUUGCAGCGUGCGGGACGCGCGCCGUGUGCCGUCAUCACCACGUCCCCACCUCCGCCUGUCCCCCCAUAACCCCCUGCAGCAGCAACACCCGCCGUGGCGGAGAGGGGGGGACACGACACGACGCAAGCCGGGGUGUCCCCCCUAAUUAAUAAGGGACGGAAUAUUAAUCGCGCCGCGGCGUCACCACGCUAAGGAAGGCGAGCGAUUGCAACCGCCAUGCCGAGAGGGCCGGGAGCAAGAGCCGCCGGCGCACGUGCUGGCCGAGGUGCUCUUCUGCCAGCCGGCCAUGCCCUCGCUGGGGCUGGCGCUCACCUUCGACGCCGACCAGCUCUUCUGGUUCGACUUCCCCCGCUCCAGCUGGACCCCGCGUCUGCCCGACCUCCCCUCGUGGCCCCCCGGCCUGGAGCCCCCCGCCGAGCUCCUCCGCGACGCCACGCUCUGCCAGGACCUGCGCCGCAGCCUCACCGAGCGGGUCACCGGCCAGCUGCCGGAGUCGAAGGGUAUCCCGGUGGCCGAUGUCUUCCCGAUGCAACCGCCGGUGUUGGGUGAAGCCAACACCUUGGUGUGUAUGGUGGGAAACAUCUUCCCGCCGGCGGUGGAGAUCAGUUGGCAGCUGGACGGGGUCCCCGUCACCCAAGGGGUCACCCACACCCACUACACCCCCACGGCUGACCUGGCCUUCGUCCGCUUCUCCUACCUGCCGGUGAUGCCCGCCGCCGGUGACGUCUACGCCUGCAUCGUCACCCACGAAGGGGACAACGCCUCCGUCGUCACCUACUGGGGCGCCUUCCUGGUGCACGUGGCCAGCUCCUGCCCGCUGGCCACCAACGGCUCCACGCUGGCCUUCAGCUUCACCCUCGUCUUCAACAAGAACCCGCUGGUCUGUUACGAGCCCGACGCCCGGCGCUUCGCCCCCUGCGACUGGGGGCUGCUCCGUCCCUACGCCGCCGUCCUCGCCGCCAUCCUCAACAACGGCACCGACUGGGUGCAGCGCGCCGAAACCCGGCGCCGGGCUUGCCGCGACCUGGCCCCCCAAUUCUGGUCCUCCACGGUGCUGCGGCGGACACCACCCCAACUCCGCAUCGUCUCCGUCCCCCUCCCCAACACCCCCAACGCCGUCCUCCUCACCUGCCACGUCUGGGGCUUCUACCCCGCCGAGGUGACCGUCCUCUGGCUGCACAACGGGGACGUGGUGGCCACGGGGGACAACGCCGAGCUCCUGCCCGACGGCGACUGGACCUACCAGACGCAGGUGACCCUGACGGUCACCGCCAAGGUUGGGGACACCUUCACGUGUUCGGUGCAGCACGCCAGCCUGGACCGGCCCCUCUUGGAGGACUGGGGUCCCGGCUUGUCCCCGGGGUUGACGGUGAAGGUGGUGGCGGCGGCGGUGAUAAUGACCGUGGGGUUGGUGGUCUUCGCCGCUGGCGCUUUCAGCUACUGCCGCCAGGCUCCAGCGCCUGGUCCUGGUCCUGGUUCUUGUCCUGGUCCUGGUCCUGGUCCUGGUUCUUGUCCUGGUCCUGGUCCUAGUUCUGGUUCUUGUCCUGGUUCUGGAUCUGGUCUUGGUCCUGGUUCUGGUCCCCAUCCUGGAUCUGGUCCCAGUCCCGGUCCUGGCUCUGGUCUCAGUCCUGGUCCUGGUCCUGGUCUCGGUUCUGGUUCUGGUCCUGGUCCCAGUCCCGGUCCCGGUCCUGGUCCUGGUUGCCAUCCCGGAUCUGGUCCCAGUCCUGGUCCUGGCUCUGGUCUCAGUCCUGGUCCCAGUCCCGGUCCUGGUCCCGGUCCUGGUCCUGGUCCCUCCAUGGCCAUGCAUGACCACACAGUGACCAAACUCUGACGUCCCAACUGUGAU